AUGAAUAAGGGCUGGCUGGAGCUGGAGAGCGACCCUGGGCUCUUCACACUCUUAGUGGAAGAUUUUGGUGUUAAGGGGGUGCAAGUUGAAGAAAUUUAUGAUCUACAGAGCAAAUGCCAAGGACCUGUCUAUGGAUUUAUCUUCCUUUUCAAAUGGAUUGAAGAGCGUCGGUCCCGACGGAAAGUUUCUACUUUGGUAGAUGAGACCUCAGUGAUUGAUGAUGACAUUGUCAACAACAUGUUUUUUGCUCACCAGCUGAUUCCCAAUUCUUGUGCCACACAUGCAUUGUUAAGUGUACUCCUGAAUUGUAACAGUGUGGAUCUGGGACCAACGCUGAGCCGAAUGAAAGAAUUCACCAAAGGCUUUAGUCCAGAGAGCAAAGGCUAUGCCAUUGGAAAUGCCCCAGAACUGGCCAAGGCUCAUAACAGUCACGCUAGACCAGAACCCCGACAUUUACCAGAAAAACAGAAUGGAAUUAGUGCUGUGCGGACCAUGGAAGCUUUUCAUUUUGUCAGCUAUGUCCCCAUUAAAGGACGGCUCUUUGAACUGGAUGGUCUAAAAGUUUUCCCCAUUGACCAUGGGCCCUGGGCAGAAGAUGAGGAAUGGACAGACAAAGCCAGGAGAGUUAUCAUGGAGAGGAUUGGACUUGCUACAGCAGGGGAACCAUAUCAUGACAUCCGCUUUAACUUGAUGGCUGUGGUACCCGACAGGAGAAUGAAGUAUGAAUCUAAGCUACAUAUCUUGAAGGUGAACCGUCAAACUGUACUGGAAGCUUUGCAGCAGCUCAUCCGAGUGACUCAACCUGAACUGGUACACACCCAGAAAUCUCAAGAGCUCCAGGCUUCUGAGGAGCCCAGGUCAGCUAACAGCAAGAGCUCCACCCCACUGGAAGCAGGAAGAGCCCAGUUAAUUCCAGAGAGCUCCCAGGCAGAAGGUACUGAGGAUUCUAGAGCCCAAGACCUGCCGGUCUCAACCCAGAGCCCUCCAAGCAAGGCAAAGCUGAGCAGUAAACCACAUGUGAGCAGCCUAAAUGGGGCCCUGUCAGCCCCCAACCCCAUCAUGCAAAGACUGCCAGCUUUCUUGGAUAACCACAACUAUGCCAAGUCACCUAUGCAGGAGGAAGAGGACCUUGCAGCCGGAGUGGGCCGAAGCCGAGUCCCAGUCCCACAGCAUCAGCAAUACUCUGACGAUGAGGAUGACUAUGAUGAUGAUGAGGAGGAGGAAGUGUGUAAUACUAAUCCUGCCAUCAGUUACAAGAGGAAGGGCCUGGUGAAACAGGAGCACCUGAUGGGGAGCGGAGACAGCCAGCUGUCUAUGCUGCAGCCCAACACCAUCAAUGUCCUGGCAGAAAAGCUGAAAGAAACUCAGAAGGACCUCUCCAUUCCUUUGUCUAUUAAGACUAGCAGUGGAGGCACGGCGGUAGCUGUUGUUGCCCACUCUCAGCCAUCUCCCACACCCAGCAAUGAAAGCACGGACACUGCCUCAGAGAUCGGGAGCGCCUUCAAUUCCCCUCUUCGCUCCCCCAUCCGAUCAGCUAAUCCCACUCGCCCUUCUAGUCCUGUCACUUCUCACAUCUCCAAGGUGCUAUUUGGGGAGGAAGACAGCCUGCUCCGUGUAGACUGUAUACGCUACAACAGGGCUGUGAGAGAUUUGGGACCCAUCAUCAGUACUGGUUUGCUGCACCUCACAGAGGAGGGAGUUUUCUGCCCUCUUACUGUCACAGAGGGUGGGAAAAACUCCCUUCCAUCCAGCAAAUCAAACGAAGAGGUUCAAAUUAGUGUAAAAGCAGAAGACGUGGACGCUAAUGAGCCACGUGACAGCAAGGAGAAGGCUGGAAUUGGUCGGUCUACCGAUCCCCCUGCUGGGGAAAAGUACGUUCCUAAAGAGCUCCUGGCAUUGCUUAAGUGUGUGGAGGCUGAAAUUGCAAAUUAUGAGGCCUGUUUAAAGGAGGAAGUAGAGAAAAGAAAGAAAUUCAAGAUUGACGAUCAGAGAAGAACUCACAAUUAUGAUGAAUUUAUAUGUACUUUUAUCUCCAUGUUGGCACAAGAAGGAAUGUUGCCUAGCCUUGUUGAACAAAACAUCUCUGUUCGUAGACGGCAAGGGGUCAGCAUUGGGCGUCUCCACAAGCAGCGAAAGCCGGACCGACGGAAACGUUCCAGGCCUUAUAAAGCUAAACGUCAAUAGUCUUUUGGACAGGACUCAGUAUCUUCCGAUUGCCUCUUCGAUAACGUGGUGCAUAUUUCAUGUACUUCUUCACCAACCAGAGAGUGCUCAGGACAGAGCUUUGCACUGAAAUUGUCUGCACAUGAUCAGUAUUAGUGUGACUAAGUCUACCUGUAUUCAACUGGAUUUUAGACAUUGCUCCAGUGGUUUACCAUUUGGGCAUUCAAAGAUAAAUUUUCCCUCCAGAGGGGAUGUGAGAAGCAUAAAGAACAGGACCACUUGAGUGACUGACACUGCACUUGAAUAUGUUACUUAGCAGCCUAGACCAAUAUGCCGUGCAUCUUGCAGUAGUAAAUGGUGGUCUUCAGAGAUGUUACAUGAACAUUGCUUAAAAAGAAAUAAGUAAAAUCUUUGCAGUUUUGCAGAAGUGCAUUUCAGUUAAGUUGAUGCAUUGUUUAGUUCAGAGAGAGUCAGAAUUAGCUAUAUCCUGAUUUUUGCUUUAUUUUCCAGGGGAGCAGAUAUCUGCCUUACGUCUUUAAGUGUAUCAAGUUCAUCACUAUAAUUAUCAGGUAGCUGUUGAACUAUACUUCAGGCUCCCUUGCAAGUGGUCUUCAAGUCCUGCAAAUUUUUCUCUUGAUAUUU